ACUUUUCUCUUGUGUUUGACUGACAUCUAGCGGUAAUUUUGAGAAACUGCAGUUUCAUGAAGCCGUUGGAAUGUGUAUUGAACGUCAGACUAACUGAUUUUUAAAAAAAAAAAAAUUCAGUUUUUAGUUUAUUUUCUUUAUUAAUAGUUUCGUGGCGUGAGGCUAGAUGUAAAUAAAUAAUAAUAGCAUUUCACUUCGAUCCGUACAAGAUAAGAAGAUAAAAAUAUCAAAGGAUUAAAGGGAGGCUAAAGAUAAUGUGACUAAAGAUGGCAGUAAUGCUACAAUAUUGCUACUGACUGCUGUAAAGUCCCAAAGAAGAUUAAAUUUCAACUGUUAAAAGCUGCUUCAGCUUCCAGUAUGAGCUGCGAAGCCUGUGACAGAUGUAGAUGUGUGAACUCUGCAGAGGUUUGGAAGCAGAAAGUCACACAACCGUACAAUCCUCUAUCGAUCCUUAAAAAAAACGACAUUGAACAGUCCAUGAAUCUCUUUAUAACAUGCCCAACCUUUGAAAUACUGGCAAAUUAACAAGUAAAUUAAUGACCAAACAAAACUUUGUAAUGCAAAGUACAUUUGGAGGACUUGGCCUUCCUCUCUUCCUCUGCCUCCUACUCCAAAUUUUCAACGCAGCUAAGUUGGAGAACGUGGAUGAAGUAGCAGUUGAGAUUGUCGUCAAAAGCACCCCAUGCAGCGCCACCUGUGGGCUGGGUUUUAAAGCCCAGACUCUGUGUCUCCUUAAAGACAGUAAAGCUGCAGUCGAAGAAGACCCACAGAGUGGAGGCAAGACGGAGGUGUCGGAUGUGUGCCGUGUCCGCAAGGUGAAGUGUCAGAUGUCUUGGCAGUGUGGCCUCAGCACGAUGACCGUCGUUGAAGGACAGAGGGUUGAGUUCGACUGUCUGAGAGAAAUUGUGGAGACAGUAGGGAAGUUCUCCCCCAGGGUGUUCUGGCGUUAUGCCCCAGGGAUCAUCACCUCUGAUGACACACUAUUUGCACGUUGGAAAGCGCCUCUGCUGGACCGUGUGAUUCUGGACCCUGUCAGAGAGAAGGAUGCAGGAACAUACCGCUGUGAUGUGCAGGACAAAAACUUCCGCAGAGUGAAGAGGGCCUACUGGGGCAUCAGAGUUUUACCCUCUGGGAUUUUUGAUCUGGACUAUGAAGGCACUUUGUCCAAAUGGGACAACUGGCAGAACCAGACUAUGACUCACCUGCAGGACUACAAGACUGUCCUAAUUUACAUGGUUCUGAUCCCACUGAGCUUUGCUGGUGCUGUGGUUGGACUAAUGGUCGGCCUCUACUGGGCAAUGAAGACAGGGAAGUUGAGGACCAUGAUGUCUCAUCCAGUAUUUUCUACCUGUAACCGACGUCUGCAGCGUCAGCGCCUGAGCAGACAGCAAAGGAGAGCACACGACAACAAAGUGACGUCAUGAACAUGGAGUCGUCUGAUAGAGGGAGGAGUCAAAGCAAAACAGGGACUCUGGGGAAAUAACUGAAAUGAAAUUAUGACGAUGCGCUCGUUGUAAUUCAUCCAUUUCCUCAUUGGCUUUGUCCCACGAAGGUCCGAGCAGCGUCAUUUCCCUUCAUUUACAACGUCAGAUUUGUCAAACGUAAUUGUUUUACCAGUGCUCUCUGCACUAUUUAAUUACUGCUCCACAUUACACUCUUAUUCCGCAUGCGCAUUGGGGGAGAAGGAGCUCUAAAAUUGUACUUUUUGAAGAAAAAUAACAAGAAUUGUCUUAUGGUUUAUCAUCGUGUGAACUCGUUAAAACUUUCACUCUGACGUCUUUGUGCAAAGUUUUUACCACAUGAAAAAAUAAUCUGAUAAAAGCUUCUGUACUGAGCUGUGAGUACUCACCACUGACGAAAUGGAAUGGUACUUUACUGCAUCAAGUUCUCACUGCAUUGCAUCACUCUCUCUACUCUGGGGUCUACCCACACCUCCCUUUAUAUUUGUUUGGUGCUCUACUUAUUAUAGAACAUUAAACUUAACUUCAUUAUUAUAUAACAGUUAUAUAACUGUUAAAAUUCUUAAUUACUGUGCGCCACUGAUCUGUACUAAUGAGAGCAGAUGUGUUUUUUUUCUUUCUGCAAAUGAACUGUAAUAUCUGACACAGGUAUUGACGUUUUAAUUCAGACAUGUUUUCAGGGACUGGGUCUCGUCUAAUAUCAUUGUACGUCUCAAUUAUGGACAGUAAAUGGACCGCAACUUAUGAAACCCAAGAGGAGAAAAUAUGGAAAGAGAAACCACAGAUGGCUUUCAUCAGGUUCAACUGCUUUAGUGAGUAUCUGCUGAGGCCUGGGGCACACAGCAUUUUGUUUAAAAUUCAAUCACAGGCCUUAUUUAUUUAUUUAUUUUUUAAAAUAAGGAGUUAUCUGCACAUAUACGCGUAUUGUACUGCUGUUUGCAUUAGCUGGGCCAUAAAUAAUGUGCUAAUAUGCUAAUGAUAUUCCCUGGUCUCUGAUUUGGUCCAGAUGUUGAUACUAACAACAUCUUGGAGAAAAAAACAAAACAAAACGAACUUGUCACAAAGUGUCUUGCAUAAUACGACAAUUUUGUUGAUGAGCUCUUAACCUUUUCUACAUCUGUGCACCACUGUUGUAUGCUCUCUGUCUCUCCUCUGUUUGGUUUUUUUUGUAUGGAGAAGUAGCAGUGACCUUUUUAUGCAACACUGCUCCUGUCGUGAUCGAGUGCCACAUUUUACUUGUAUUUUAUCCAAUGUACUCAGACAAACAAAGUGAGAAUGUCACAUAUGAUUGAUAACUAA